AUGGACUAUAAGAAAAUCACGGAUGAAGUUGGAAAAAAACUUUUGUCGUACCACCAAGAUACUUCAGGAUGGAGAGUGAUAAAAAUUUCAAAAAACGUUACAGUUGCUUCAAAACCUUCAAAAGAGUAUUCAGGAAACCUAUACCGUGGAGAAGGGAUAAUUAAGGAAGUCCCUAGUAAAAUUAUUCCUUUUAUGUAUCUUCCUGAAUAUCGAAACAAGUGGGACAAAGCCUUGCAAUCCUACACGCUGUUAGAGAAGAUUGACCAGGAUACCGGUAUAUAUCACAGUGUAACACAUAGUUAUGGCAUGGGACUGAUCUCGUCACGAGAUUUUGUUGACUUGGUGCAUGUUAAACCCUAUCCUGGUGGUAUCCUUACAACUAACUCUGUGAGUGUGGAAUAUUCAGGAUGCCCUCCCUCUCCUUCUUGUGUCCGUGGCUUUAACAAUCCUUGUGGGUAUGUGUGUUCACCCUUGCCAGAGAACCCCGAGCAUUCCAAGUUAGUUGUAUAUAUUCAGCCAGAAUUAGGCGGAAUGCUUCCCUACUCUGUGGUGGAGACAGCAAUACCUACUACUCUCAUAAAUUUAAUCACAGAAACGAGAGCUGGAUUGAAAGGCUUGAAAGACCAUAAUUAAACACAAGUGAAAAUUAAUACGCACUUAUGCCAUGUGCAUUUUGAUCUGGAUUAAUUUUUAAUACAGGAUGAAGUUUAGUAUUUUAAUUGUGGAUUAUGUGGAAAUGUGUAAAGCUUAUCUGUUAAAUAUUAAAUUAUGAAUGCUAUUUUUUUCUGCUCUUGGGAGUCAUGUCAGAAUUUAUACUGAAGU